CAUCGUGGUGGUGGUGGUGGUGGUGGAGGUGGUGGUGUUAGGCGUCGUCCGGGAUCGAGGAGAGAUAGAAAGAGAGAUUCCCCCGAGAGAGAGGAAGAGAGAGAAAGAGAGAGAGAGAGAGAAAGCCGCCAUCGGGUACCGCCGCCGCCGCCGUCGUCUUCGUCGUCGUGUUUAUCGCUACCGUCAUCCCGUGGCCGUCAAGGCGGUGUAUCGUUCGAUGUCAAAGCGGCGUCACCUGUCAUCGCGCGUCACCUUCGCCACCCGCCCCCCCCCGUAGCGCACACAAGGGACGAGCGGACCGCGACCGAGGAGAAUCGAACAAUGAUUCUGCGCGAUCGAAAAUUAAGAUAGACAACGAGGACAGGUACAUCUACGCGUGUGCGUGGAUUGUUUCGGGAGGAGGGAAGAAGCGGCUGUGAGAUAAGAUUGACGAAGUUGCGAUGGUAAGGUCGUCGGGCUCCGAGUGAUCAAGUGCUUCGCUGGAUUAGUGCGCUAUUAGAGAGAUCGAGUGCGAUCGCGAAUGUGCGGCGUGAUCGGAGAGUCACGAGACGACCCGGAAUAACGAUAUAAUAGCGAGCCCACUGGCUGUAUGUGAGUGUGUAUUCGUUACUCGGAAACACGGGGAACGUGUCGAGAACGGCGGAUCCCGAGUGACGUCGGGGGGGGCGCGUGCAGGACCGACUUUGCCCCCCCACCCGCACCCUUUACGAACGUCGCCCUCGGAGAUUCGGUGAAGGGGAGAGGAUCGCUUGUCGGUUUUGCUACGCUACGAUUUAGGCCUGGGCGAGGCUCGAGAAAGAGGCCGCCUCCGCCAGGAUCGCCGGGCAGAGCGGAGGAGGAGGAGAAGGAAGAAGAAGACACGACGGAGUCCAUAGCGUGGAAGUAGAAUAGACAUGUUGUCAGUCUUCCCAGCAGCGAUGACGGGGACGAUGAAGGCGAUGCGGUCGACGAUACCGCGGUCGCGUCGACGAGGCUGUCGUCUGCCGCUGCCGCUUAUGAUCCUAAUCCUGACAUUGUCGCUAUCAUCGCGGUUGCCGACAGCGCGCUCAUUGCCGGCCGAUAUCGUGCAGAAGUUCCACGAUUCGGAGGUGGAACGCAUGAACCAUCUGGUAGUGGACAAGAACACCGGGCGGGUGUACGUGGGCGCGGUCAAUCGUCUCUAUCAGCUGUCGCCGGACCUGGUGCUGGUCGUCAAAGAGGUCACCGGGCCGAAGGGCGAUUCCACGGCGUGCUCGAUGCUGGAUUGUCCCCGCGAGGCGCAAAAACGCCCGGUCGACAACGUGAACAAGGCCCUGGUGAUCGAUUACACCACCACGCGGCUCAUCUCCUGCGGCAGUCUCUUUCAGGGCAUGUGCACGGUGCGCAAUUUGCACAACAUAUCGGAUGUGGUGCAGGAGGUCAAGGAGGCGGUGGUGGCGAACAAUGCCACCGCCUCGACGGUCGCGUUCAUCGCACCCGGCCCGCCGAAUCCUCCCGUCUCCCAGGUCAUGUACGUCGGCGUGACCUUCACAGGGAAUUCGCCCUAUCGCUCGGAAGUGCCGGCUGUGAGCUCGCGCUCCCUCGACAAGGACAAGAUGCUGAACAUUGCCGAGGCCGCGGUCACGACCGGCACGCGGAUGUACGUCAAUUCCUUGUCACGCGAGCGUUACCCGAUCAACUACAUCUACGGCUUCAGCAGCGGCGGCUUCAGUUACUUCCUCACCACGCAGAUGAAGAAUACGGAGACGCCGAUCUACCUGUCGAAGCUGGUGCGCGUGUGCCAAGACGACGAGCACUAUUACUCGUAUACGGAAAUACCGAUUAAUUGCACCAGCGACGAGCGCAUCUACAACCUGGUGCAGGCCGCCUACGUUGGCAAGGCCGGCUCGGUGCUCGCCGGCGAUCUCGGCAUCACCGCCCAGGACGACGUGCUGUUCGCCGUGUUCGCCGAGAGCGACGGGCCCAACAGCGACGUGCCGCGUCCGCAUUCGGCUUUAUGUGUUUACUCCCUCAAAGCGAUCCGCCGCAAGUUCAUGAGCAACAUACAGAAGUGCUUCAGCGGCGAGGGGCAGCGGGGCCUGGAAUUUAUCUCGCCGAGCCACAAAUGCAUAUCAACGAAAUUGCAAACGAUUGGCGAGGAUUUCUGCGGUCUCGAUGUGAACACACCUUUAGGUGGCGAAGAACCCAUGGGUGCGACUGCAGUUUUGACAUUCGAGACUCACCUGACGGCUGUGGCAGCUACUUCGACGGGCGAUUACACUGUCGUCUUUGUAGGCACCAAUAAGGGACACCUUAAGAAGGUGGUGGUAGAGAGUUCGACGCUGGCAUUGGAAUAUGGUGAUCUCGAGAUCGAUCCUGGCUCCCCGGUGAAUCCGGAUCUGCUAUUCGACUCACAGCUGAUGCACCUCUACGUGUUGACGGAGAAGAAGGUCUCGAAGGUCAAGGUUCAAGAGUGUUCAGUCUACAAGACUUGCUGGGAUUGCCUGGGCGCCAAGGAUCCAUAUUGUGGAUGGUGCUCGUUGGAGAACAAAUGCAACCUGCGCAGCGAUUGUCAGGAUGCUGCCAAGGAUCCGCUCUAUUGGAUCUCCUACAAGAGCGGUAGAUGUACGACGAUCACCACCGUCACCCCGGAUCAGUUGCAACGCACCACCGCCAGGACCCUCGAGCUCGUCAUCGAGAAUCUGCCGACUCUAUCCGGGCAGUUCCUGUGCGCGUUCUCUGCCCUCGAUAAAACCCUGAUCACGAAUGCCUCGCGGAAGUCCUACGGCGUGAAUUGCACCACACCGAGAACAGAUCUGCUGCCGUCGAUACCUCCGGGUCGACAUCACUUCACCGCCAAGCUGUCCGUUAGAAUGACAAACGGGCCCGAUUUGGUGGCGACAAAUUUCACCUUUUUCGACUGCAAUACGUACAGCUCGUGUACGCAAUGCGUGUCAUCGAGUUUUCCAUGCGAUUGGUGCGUUGAUGGCCAUCGAUGCACGCACGACACAGCGGAGAACUGUCGGAACGACAUUCUCGUCACGGGAGUCAGCAGAAUGGGACCAAGCUAUAGGAGUGGACCAGGUUUUUGUCCCACUAUAAAUGCCACCGAAUCUCAAGAGAUCCUCGUGUCUUCUGGUAUCAAAAAAGCGAUACGAGUUAAAGUGCAUAUCAUUGGGCAAUUCAUCAUACAAACACGCUUCGUGUGUCAAUUUAACAUCGAGGGCCGCGUCACGAGCGUCAACGCACGUCUGUUGGCCGACACGAUCUAUUGUGAGGAAACGGAAUUCUCUUAUACGUCUCGCGCACCGAACAUUACGGUACCUUUCGCCGUGAUCUGGGGCGGCUCCAAACCCUUGGAUAAUCCGGACAAUAUACAUCUGGUGAUAUAUCGAUGCCGGGACAUGGCGGACAACUGCGGCAUGUGUCUGGCCCUGCCGACCAAGUACGGCUGCGGCUGGUGCCAAAGCUCAGACAGAUGCGAGGUGAAGGAUCAGUGCGACCGUGGUUCUGGUAUGUGGCUGAACAGCAAUCAGACUUGCCCGAAUCCAGAGAUAAAGUCGUUUGAACCGGUAAUGGGCCCCUGGGAAGGGAAUACGAAUGUGACGAUUCGCGGCAUUAAUCUCGGCAAGACUUUCAGGGAUAUAGUUGGUGGUGUCACUGUGGCUGGUAUGCGAUGUUUACCUUACGAGGAGCUUUAUAUCCGAACGAAACAAAUCGUCUGUCGUGUUGAUGGACCUGGUACGCAGGAAGGCAGGAGUGGACCUGUCAUAGUAAAAAUCGAGGAUUUUCGCGGCGAGUCUGACUACAAUUUCGAGUUCGUGGACCCACAAAUUAUUUCGAUAUCACCUAAAUAUGGACCAUUGAGCGGCGGUACUACUAUCAAAAUCACUGGCAACUACAUGAAUGCCGGCAGCACUAUCCAUGCUGACAUUGAUGAGCUACCGUGUUCCAUAAUAAGCGCCGAACCCAACGAAGCUCUUUGCAUGACGAGUCCAAGCAAUAGGAAGAGAAGCGGGAUGCUCAAGAUGUCCUUCGACGGUGGCAAGCGUUUAUACGAUGGCUUCUUUGAAUACGUCGACGAUCCGACGAUUGAGAGCGUGGAGAGCGGUGUGGCCGGUCAGAUGAAAGUCCCAAAGGGGAUUCCGGCAGGUGGAAUAAAGAUUUCGGUAACUGGAAAGAAUCUCGGUUACAUACAGAGCCCGCAAAUGUAUGUCUAUUACGAUGAAAAGAUGUUUGUGUCACAGUGCGAGGUGCACAGUCAGGAGAGUAUGAUGUGCAAAUCACCGACUAUCGAGGUGCCUGAGCACAUUAUACUGGAUGCCGAACGUCCGCUCUCUCUCGAGUAUGGCUUCCGCAUGGACAACGUCACUGGUGUACAAAAUCUUUCGCAACACGGCUUCAAUCAUUUCCUUUUAUACCCAAACCCGAUCUACGAGGUCUUCGACGAGGAAGUUAAAUAUUAUAAAAGUGAUUACUUGACAAUUAACGGUCAGCAUCUUGAUCGCGCCUGCCAAGAAUCCGACGUAGUUGUACAAAUUGGUAACGCCUUUUGUAAUGUUACAUCCUUGUCGCGGCAACAGCUCACCUGUCGGCCGCCCUUGACGCAGCCGCCAGCUAUCGACGCUCAGGGAUUGCCCAAUAAACAAGAACUGCCGGAAGUAGUGCUGAUAGUGGGCGGUACGCUUCGUUACAACAUUGGCAAACUUAGCUAUGCACUGCCAGCCGGACUCAACGUACCAUUGUCGAAACCCACGCUAAUCAGUGUGAUUGCCGCGAUCGUAGCCUUAGUAAUCGUAUUUAUAGCAUUCCUUAUCGCCUAUCGCAGAAAAUCCACGGAGAGCAAUCGAGUGUUGAAGAAUAUGCAAGAACAGAUGGACAUUCUGGAGCUGCGAGUAGCCGCCGAGUGUAAGGAGGCCUUCGCCGAGCUGCAGACAGAAAUGACGGAUCUCACGGGAGAUCUAACGAGCGGUGGCAUACCCUUCCUCGAUUAUCGCACUUACGCGAUGAUGAUAUUAUUCCCCAGCGACGACAAUAGUCCGGUGCUGCAGUGGGACAGACCAGAAUUAGUGCGAAAGGAGAAGGGAUUACGUCUGUUCGGUCAACUAAUAAUGAACAAAACUUUUUUACUGUUGUUCGUACGAACCCUCGAAAGCAACCGUUAUUUCUCGAUGAGAGAUCGAGUUAAUGUCGCCAGUUUAAUUAUGGUUACACUUCAGAGCAAGAUGGAAUAUUGCACAGACAUCCUGAAAACUCUCCUGGCGGAUCUUAUCGAAAAGUGCACAGAAGGCAAGAGCCAUCCAAAAUUAUUCUUAAGACGAACUGAGAGUGUUGCUGAGAAAAUGUUAUCUGCCUGGUUCACGUUUCUCUUGUACAAGUUUAUGAGAGAGUGCGCUGGUGAACCAUUAUAUGUACUAUUUCGUGCGGUGAAACAACAAGUCGAUAAGGGUCCUGUCGAUGCGAUUACUUCAGAAGCACGAUAUUCUUUGUCUGAAGAAAAGUUGAUCCGACAAUCUAUUGAUUUUAAGCCAAUGACGGUCUACGUCUCGAUAUCCCAACAAACCGUGUUUGUCGGCGGAAUGGAUCCUAACACGGAAAACGUGCCAGUCAAAGUUCUUGACUGCGAUACAAUAUCUCAGGUGAAAGAGAAAGCGUUGGAUACAAUCUACCGAGCGACCCCUUACAGCCAAAGACCCCGAAAGGAGGAUCUUGAUCUUGAAUGGCGAACUGGUGCGUCCGGUAGAUUAAUUCUCUACGACGAAGAUUCAACAACGAAGACAGAAGGCGAAUGGAAGAAGAGGAAUACUUUGAAUCAUUACAGGGUACCAGAUGGAGCAUCGCUUAAUUUAGUCUCCAAACAAUCAUCUAUAUACAAUCUCUCGAUUUUAUCGGAGAAAACGGACAAAUCGCACAAAUAUGAGACCUUGAAUCUUAGCAAAUUCAGUUCGGCCAGUCCCCCACUUUCUCGCGCUACCUCGCCGCUCAAUCAGAAUCUUGAAGGCGGAAUGAAAGUCUGGCAUCUUGUCAAGCAUCAUGAUUCCGAUGUGCGGAAGGAGGGAGAUCGUGGUAACAAAAUGGUCUCCGAAAUCUAUUUGACAAGGUUAUUGGCAACGAAGGGUACACUUCAGAAAUUUGUCGAUGAUCUGUUCGAAACCAUAUUCAGCACUGCCCAUCGAGGCUCGGCGCUUCCUCUCGCCAUCAAAUACAUGUUUGACUUCAUGGACGACCAAGCUCUGCAACAUGGCAUAUCCGAUCCCGAAGUGGUGCACACGUGGAAGAGCAAUUCCCUUCCUCUCAGGUUUUGGGUUAACCUUAUAAAAAAUCCAAACUUUAUUUUCGAUAUACACAAGUCCAACAUCGUAGACUCGUGUUUAUCUGUUGUGGCACAGACGUUUAUGGAUAGCUGUUCAACGUCGGACCAUAGAUUAGGUAAGGACUCUCCGAGUUCGAAACUAUUAUAUGCAAAAGACAUUCCAGUGUACAAAGAAUGGGUAGAGCGUUACUACUCAGAUAUCAAAGUCAUGCCAGCCAUAUCCGAUCAAGACAUGAAUGCCAUGCUUGCCGAAGAAUCGAGGUUGCACACAACGGAGUUUAAUACGAAUUGUGCUUUAUACGAACUAUAUACAUACGCGGGUAAAUACAACGAACAACUAAUAGUCACUCUCGAGGAGGACGAAUUCUCGCAGAAGCAGAGACUGGCGUACAAGCUCGAGCAAGUGCACAAUAUAAUGGCGGCGGACAACCCCUGAUGUACCAUGAAUUCUAUGAAGCACAUGACGAAACCCGCUCGUCAAGAGUUACCCUGCUGAGCGGCCAAUCAUGGUCCGAUUUAAUUCUCGACGGCGCGAACGAAGAGGACUGGCCUACUUUGUAAUCGAUUAUCUCAGGUUUCGUGCAAAAGCCAGUUGUUCUCAGCAUAACGCAAAUCGCGAGUGAACUUGGAAGAAUCCCGACCCGGGUUGAACGCCGCGAGCUAACUGCAGUUUAAUUAAACGAUUAAGUGUUAAAAUAUGUGUCGAGGAGAAGUCUUCUCAGAGGUCGCCGGUUUGUACGUGUGACCAUAAUCAUAAGCACAUUGCCGCAUAAUUGUACAUAAAAUAUCAAAAAAAAAAUCAUUGUAAUAGAAUAUUAAAUGUAUGAUCAUACCUCGGCGACCGAGUCGAGUGCAAAAGCGGGGCGAGACCGUUUUCCCUCGUCGCGCAGUGGUCCUUAUGCACCGUGAGUGAUUUUAAAAAUGAAUAUGUAAUAAUGAGACACACACCCUAGUGAUAAGAAAGGCGCGAGUGAGGAAAUCAGUCGUGAUAAUCGAUCGAUGAUUUGUAAAUGUGUUUAAAAAAAAAAAAUAAAAAAGAAAAAGAAACGGUCGAUCGCUGGUGCCGGAUUAAUGGCAAUCGCGAUUUUUAACGAAUAAACAUUUCCAUCCACCGCUAUUCUAGCUGAAAUUUUUUGAAUUAUGGGAACUGACGAAUUUUAUGAAAUAAUGAUAAUUACCGAUAACGAUGAAAUAAUUAAGCGAUAUGAAUAUAUUAUAUAUAUAUAUAGA